CUGCCAGGCCAUUGUGACUUCCCAUUACUGAACCUUUCCUCUGACUUGAAUAUGGCUCUUGCCAGUUUAAUAUUGCUUCUUUCUGGCUUGAUUUGCUUUGUCCUCACAGAGGAUCUUCCCGCACACCGAAAGUUUGAAUAUAAAUACAGUUUCAAAGGUCCCCAUAUCACCCUUCCUGAUGGAACUUUACCCUUCUGGGAAAAACUUGGAGAUGCAAUUCCUGGUCCAGAUGAAAUUCGCCUUGUUCCAUCGCUAAAGAAUCACAAGGGAUCUGUAUGGACCAGAAGCGGUUUUUCUCUUCCCCACUGGGAAGUGGAGAUGUCCAUUAGGAUCUCAGGACACGGGGUCAAAGGAGCAGAAGGAAUGGCUCUGUGGUAUACCAGGAAUCCAGGAGACUUGGGUCCAGUGUAUGGCUCGAAUGAUCUCUGGGAUGGACUAGGGAUUAUUUUUGACACGUUUGAUCAUGAUUUUAUGGGAAAUAACCCAGCAAUAGUUAUUGUGGGGAACAACGGAAAACUUCAGUAUGAUCAUUUACGUGAUGGCUCGAGUCAAGCUUUAGCAACUUGCGUUGAACAAUUUCGAAACUCAAUACGCCCAUUUAAAAUAAAGAUAACCUACUACAAAAAAACAUUGCAGGUCUCUGUGUACACUGGGAUGUCUCCAAAAAACAGCGCAUAUAAGGUUUGUGCAGUCGUUCCCAACAUGGUGCUCCCAUCCACUGGAUAUUUUGGAGUCUCUGCCGCUACAUCAGCACUCGCUGAUGACCAUGAUAUCAUGUCCUUCAUGACGUAUAGUCUAAGUACCUCGUGGGAAGAGUCUCCAGGAUCGCAGAUCCCAGCUGAAGAAAGGGAAAGGUUUGAGAAAGAGUUUGAAGAGUUUCAGAAAGAGCUAGAAAAGAAUAAGGACGAAUUCCAUAAGAGUCAUCCUAUACCAGACGAGAAUGCAUUUGAAUCAGACAGUCAGCGGGAGUUAGAGAUGGUCCUUUACGGGCAGGUCCGACUGCUGGAGGAGCUGAGAGUGCUGAAGCUGAGACUGAACAUGACCCUUGAGGAGCAGUUUAGACACAGAAGCAUUUUAAUAAGCAUGAAAGCCAAUGAGACGACUACUGUGAACACGGAACACGUGCACAGUACCCUGGAUACAGUGAUGAAUGGGAUGCCAGAUCUUCUCACCAUGACAAAAGACCUAAAAAGUGAAGUUCGCAAGAUUGCUACCAAGGCCAAUAAUCUGCCUUCAUCGAAGGAAGCGGCAAGUUCUUCCCCUAAUCCAACCUCUGCCAAGGACGUUAAGGAGGACUUCAUUAAAAUAAAGAGAAGCCUGCAGGACCUGGUCAAAAAUUCGGAAUUGGCUCCACGAUGUCCUUCAAGCACAGCUCAAACCUCCUGUUUGUCAAGUAGUGUUUUCCUGGCAUUUCUGCUUUUGCAAAGCAUUUGUACUGUGGCUUAUAUAUUAUUCAGAACCCAAAGGAAUUCCGGCUCCAAGAAAUUAUACUGAUGACUGAAGACGUUAAUGCGGACUACAUGGGAAUAUCCUGGAAGAAUUUCGUUUUUUUAUUUGGAAAAUAGCGUUUCAGAAACCUAAACGUCAACAGCCAUUGAAAUUAUGUUAAGAGCAAUUUGAAAUUGAAAUAAAGUGUUAAUAGGGUAGGAUA